AUUCAUUCGUGUUUUUGUCUUGUUUCACCGCGGUGAUUUUUUGAACACUUUUCCACAGCCAGUCUCAAUAAAGGAAACACCCAUCAACAACCGAAACGGGCAUCCCCUGUCAAUCAAAGUCUUCAGCACCACGGAAAGUGGAGAGCUCCCUCAGUCCUCACCGCUCAAACAGGAUGUGAAGCGUUCACACAGUGCGUUCAGGGUUUCUGAACUAACCAUUUCUGACACCAUGGGCAUUUACUCAAGCACUUUCUACAAGAGUGGAGAUCAAAUACUUUUCGAAUCCACAGAUCCCUCACAAGCAAACUGGAUCACAGCUCAUGCAGAUGCCUGCAAGUUGACAAUUCCUGAAGUGCUGAGGUGUUGGGAACGGUUCUUGAUGCUUCACCCUGACAAAAAUGGAAAUAUCCUGCGCCACAGCCUAACAACCAAUGAUGCAUUCAACUCACAGCUGGUGGAGCAGUUGCCGGUCUCUGAAGAUGGUCUUGUGACUUUCCAGACCUUCUGCUGUGCUGUGAAGUGGCUUUCUAGCUCAGUGACAGAGACCAAACUUCGAGGCUUAUAUCAGACACUGGCCUGCUACUUUCAGAACACAGAGGCCCUGGAACGGCUUCUGCAUGUACAGUAUCCACAGGAUAGUCCUGAGGAAGUAAGACAACUCUCCAGUUUAAUAAUGAGGGAGGUUGACACAAAGAACCAAGGAUUUAUUGAUGAAGAUGAUUUUAUUCUCUGGUUGAAAAGACUCCCUGUUGAGACCCUUAAAUCUUCACUGCACUUCCCAGUGCUACCAAACAAGACCACUGUCACAGAUGAGCACCACAAUCCCCAAAGACAACUCAUUCCGACUGAAAAUCCCAGAAAGCUUACAUACAAUCAGCUUCAUGUCAUUGCUGUAGAGCUGAGCAAACGCAGAAGAGACUGGAAACUACUUGCAAACUGUCUGGGCUUUCUGGAGAAGGACUGCCAAACCUUGGAGAGAAAAUACUUAGACACAGAAAACCAGAUCCUGGAGAUGCUCCAGCUGUGGCGCAGACGAGCACAGGUGCCCGACGCAGCAAAGCACCUCCAGGCUGCUCUGAGAGACACGGGCAACGCAGACAUCAGCAACGCGGUCUUCCAGCUCAGUUUUUAAUGCGCUGUGAUGCAUGUUGGGCCAGCUGAAUGACCCAAACCUUCUUUUGGUUUCACAUGUGGAAAAACAGCAGCUUUCACUUUGAAACGUUGAAAUUUCAGCUUCAUGGUAGUAAAUAAAUGUAAGCCAAGAGGAUCUUCACGUA